AUGUCGGGUGUCGGGGAGAUUUUGAAAGCAGUUGGCGAGUUUGGGCCAUUUCAGAAAUGGCUGGUGCUGCUCACCUUGCUUCCAUGCUUCACUCUGUCUUUCCACCAGUUUUGCCAGCUUUUUAUGGUUCCACACGAGCCUCAUCACUGCGACACCAGCUGGAUCCGUGCCAUCGGCCCCAACCUGACAGAGGAAGAGCAGCUGAACCUCACCCUGCCCCGGGAUGCGGAUGGGGCGUACGAGCAGUGCUCCAUGUACUCGCCAGUGGACUGGGACCUCGACUCCAUCGUGGCGUAUGGCCUGAACGCCACGGAGAAGUGCAGCCGUGGCUGGGUGUACCCCUCAGCACAGGCACCGUCCCUGCUGACCGAGUUUGACCUGGUGUGUGACAGGAAGGACCUGAAUGACAUCUCCCAGUCCGUCUACAUGCUGGGGCUGUUCCUAGGAUCCAUGAUCUUUGGGCCACUGAGUGACAGGAUGGGCCGCCGGCCAGUCAUUCUGAUCUCCAUCUUCCUCCAGGGCUUCUUUGGGGUAGCAAUCGCCUUUGUGCCCCAUUUCGAUGUGUACAUGGCCUUCAGGUGUGUCGUGGGGGCUUCAGUGUCAGGGAUCACCAUGACGAUACUGACCUUGG